AUGACCAAGUCAAACGAAGUCUUAGCCAAAGUUGCUCACGAUGAACUAUCGGACCGGACGCCCACCGAAGUCAUCGCCAGCACUUGGGUCUUUCCAACUGAAGACCAGGCCCAGUGGUGGCAAGAUACCGGACCACUGCUUGAGCGGUUCCUUCAAGCGGCUUCUUAUAAUGCUCCCACACAAUACCAGUGCCUACUCUUUUUCAUUCAGCAUCUCAUUCCGGCACUUGGACCGUAUCCCCAGCGAUGGAGGAGUACAAUCUCACGCAGUGGUCUGCCCAUUGAAUUCAGUCUCAACUUUCAGAAGAACUCAAAGCAGCUCGUGCGCAUCGGGUUCGAGCCAGUCGGCAUCCUGUCCGGCACCGCGAGCGAUCCGUUCAAUAGCAUCCCAAUCGCAGACAUGAUAACCAGACUGCGUCAACUGCCGUUGUUGAAGGGAUUUGAUCCGCUGGAUUUCAAUGCUCUAAACACCAGUUGCCAGCUUUCCCAAGCCGAAACGGAUGCAUUACAGGCUCCGGGCUACGAAUCCAUCCCGCUCAAGUCGCAGGCCGCCUUUGGCUUCGACCUUCUCAGGGACGGCAACAUUGUUGUCAAGGGUUAUAUUUUCCCGCAUCUCAAGGCCAGGGCCACGGGCGUGAAGAUGGGAACCCUGAUUUCCGAGACUGUCCAUCGCUUCGAUACCGAAGCCCAGUUCCUAAAGUCCUUCCUCCUUGUCCAUGACUACAUGAAGGAGAGCAGCGGAUACAACGAAUACACUUUCUUGUCAUGUGAUUGCCUCGACCGUUCGAAGCAGCGGCUCAAACUUUACGGCGCACACACGGAGGUAGUCUGGGCCAAAAUCGCCGAGAUGUGGACGCUGGGCGGCCGACUCAGCGAUGAGCCGGAGAUCCAACGCGGGCUCGAGAUCCUCCAGCAAUUCUGGAAUAUGUUGAAGCUGCACGAGGGGAACCGGCCCUUCGCGGGCGGCUUCGAUGAUGGCAGUCGGCUCGAGGGCGACGACCAGAUCGCCUCGCCCAUCAUCUGGAACUACGAGCUCCAUCCCGGCCAUUCCUGGCCCGUGCCCAAGUUUUAUUUCCCCGUGCACGCAGAAAACGACCAGCUGGUGGCCAGCGCUUUGGCGGGGUUCUUCGGCUAUCUGGGGUGGGAGGUGGAAGCGCGGUCUUACGCAGACACAUUCCGUGCUUUAUAUUCUGAACAUGAUGUCGCGGAAACAUCGCGUCUCCAGUCUUGGAUCUCCUUUUCCUACACGCAGAAGAAAGGGCCCUACCUUAGUGUGUACUAUCACUCCCAGCGGUCCUAUCCGUGGGAGAACUGA